UUUCUUACUUUUCUUUCAAAUUAUUUUAUAUUUAUAUAUUUAUUUUUUAAAAAAAAAUUAUUAAUAUAUAAUUCCCAUGGAAAUGAUAUUUCAUAGAAAAGAUCAAAGAAGAAGAAUUAGAUCAGGAAUGUCGACCCAAUAAAUGGCAAAAUAAUUUUUUUUUUUGAAACAAAAGAAGAAAAAACAUUCCUAUUGUCAGCUUUUAACCAAUUUCGUAUUUCCUGGAGGAAUUAUUCAUUAAUUUUUUUCACCAAAAAGAAGAAUUCAGUUCAAGUCUGCACGAUAAAAUCGUCUAUACAAAAAUCUAUCAUUGAAGAGGAGUAAAAAAAACAAUCAAAUAUAAAUCAAUAAAAACUAAUUCUGUAAAAAAAACAGAUAAUUAUGCGGGGACAACAAUUAAGCCAACGUAUAAUUUAAAAAAAAUAAAAUAACUUUAUCGAAAACGAAUUAUAAACUCAUUUUUGGCGUUUUUAUUCUCCUCGUGCCACAAAAAUAGACCGAUCGAUAAAAAAUAAUCUAAUUGAUUUUUAAAAGGAGAAAAAAAAAGGGGUAACAAGAAGAAAAAUACCGAUGAAAAUAUGUACAUUUUUUUGGAUACUUAUCGGAGAAUUUUAUUCUUAAUGUGGAUCGCUAACAAUAUUUUUGAAGUACGAUCAUCAGAGGACGAAGAGAGAUUAGUCAAGGAUCUUUUUCGAAGCUACAAUAAAUUGAUUAGACCUGUCAUGAAUAAAACUGAUCACAUGAUUGUUAAAUUUGGAAUGGCACUCAUUCAACUGAUCAACGUCAACGAAUUGGAACAGGUUCUGAAGACAAACGUAUGGCUUAGAUUGAUAUGGUACGAUUAUCAACUCAUUUGGGAUCCGAGCGAUUAUGGUAAUAUAAAAAACAUUAGAAUUUCUUACCACAAGAUAUGGACACCGGAUAUCGUAUUAUUUAACAAUGCCGACGGCAAAUACGAAGUAAGUACCAAAUGCAACUUAGUUCUACACCACGAUGGUCAAGUGUUAUGGGUGCCACCUUCCAUAUACAAAUCUACUUGUAUAAUGGACGUAAGGUAUUUCCCCUUCGAUCAACAAUUUUGUGAUAUGAAAUUCGGUUCAUGGACAUUCAAUGGGGAUGAGGUCGGGCUGGCCUUUUACGAUGAUAAGGAUUACGUAGAUCUCAACGAUUAUUCAAUCAGUGGCACUUGGGAUAUUAUCAACGUUCAAGGCUCAUUGAAUGUUCGUAAUAGAAGCUUGGGCCGAGAGAGGCCCACAAAAACGGAUAUAACUUUUCACUUACACAUUCGCCGUAAAUCUCUAUUCUACACCGUUAAUCUGCUUGCCCCGUGUAUCAUGAUGUCCUUCAUGAGUGUCAUGGUAUUUUACUUACCACCAGAUGGCAACGAAAAGAUAACAUUGGGUAUUUCAAUCCUCCUAGCCAUUGUGCUGUUUCAAUUAGUCGUAGCUAAAAUCUUGCCUCCUACAUCCGUGUGCAUUCCUCUGAUAUCUAUAUACCUCCUAUUCACUUUUAUAGUAAAUUUAAUUUGUGUCCUAUUUACACUUAUCAUAGUAAAUUGGAACUUCAGGGAAGGCAGUAUUCAACCAAUCCCUUCCUUCAUUCGCUCCUUAUUCGUGGAGUGCCUGCCCAAGUACGUAGGAAUGAAGAGACCAACUAUGCUAAGACCUUCCCAAUCUAAAAAUCUUCUCAAAUCCCUAUCUUCUUCCCGGUUUAAUGCGGCAACAUCGAUAUCUCAAGAAAAUAUAAUCGAUGAAGGAGAUAUUAAGGGGUGUUGUAAGAAGUUUUCUUUAACUUUUUGGUGGCCAGGAAGACGCAAGAGUGCUAAACGAUCUUAUGCGAAAGAAAUUAUUAAACCGUAUUCCCCUUCGAUGCCUUCCACAUUGCCCCAAAUAAAGAAAGGGAUUAAAAGUGAAUCUCAAAUAACUAUAUACGACAAAUUUGAGAGAAGCCAUUCCUCCAAUAUCUGCUCCUCAUCUGUAGAAGCCGAUCGCAAUUAUUUGAAUUACGCUUUAGUGCAUGAUGAGAGACCCACCAAUCAAAAGUUACAAAUGAUGAGGGCUAGUAGGCAGCAAAGAGAAAUGGUUUACCACGAUAAAAAUAACUGCUCAAAUAAAUCUUAUAUCAAUACACAAGAUGGUAUAACACCAUCGACGCAUUCAGUGGUAUCUUUUAAGGAGCGGUGUGUUAUUUCUCAAAACGACCCGUCAGCGAAUUUUAGAAUUCAAUUAACUCAUACUUUGCGAAAAUCCGAAACUAAUAUAAAACAAGCAAAGGAUAAUAUUUAUCCGCCACCUAAAUUCACCCCUACAAAACUUAAAGCGGAUUCCCAGAAAAACAUAUUUAGAGGCAGCGAUAAAAAUUUAAGGAGUUUUAAGUACGAUGAAGGAGGUAUUAUAGAUGAUGAUUACCUCAUAAAGUUGCAAAUGACGCGCAAACGUGAAAAAGAAAGAGAGAUGUUAUCCGCUCAAAAUAUCGGAAACCGUUAUCUACAAGGUCAAUUUGACGCUGCCAUUCCGAUGCGUGAAGGAAACGCACCUGGGGAACCAGUUCAACCAACCAGAAGAAGGAAAAAGGAUAUGGUGCUAAAAUCUUCGACCGAAUCAGCUGAGGAUUCUUUAUAUCAUCAACAAAAUAAAGAGAUCAAAAGACAAAAAAUUUCUUUCGACAUUUCCACCAAUGACUCAAAUAGUACGAGCAGUAACAGCAAUAAAAUAGAACACAAGGAAAAAGGAAAAUACGGAGAUAGAAAGGACCAAUCGCAUUCAAGAGCAUUAGACUGCGAAUUACGGGAGAGAAUGAUACAAAGCGUGGCCAAAAAUGUUACCUUUAUCGCCAAUCAUAUAAGGAAAGAAGACGAAAGCGCUAUAGAGAAAGAAGACUGGAAAUACAUAGCUAUAGUAAUAGACCGCCUGCUACUCUACAUUUUCGUGAUCGUAAGUCUGGCCGGAACCAUUGGCAUUAUUAUAAGUGCACCUCACAUAUUCGAAUUUGUGGACCAAGCAGAAAGAAUACAAUUUUUAACUGGCAAAAGAGCUGAAUGAUGGAGCAGGAGACUGUAAUUACCACCUUAUUCCAUUUGAGAAACGAAUAUUUUGAAUUUAAAUGACAAUUUCAAGAAAAAUGUUUAUGCCUAAAAAGCAAAAAUCAUAACAAAACCUAACUAAAAUAAUUAUAUUAAGCUAAAUAAAUUUGCAACCAGGAUUUGAUCUAUACAAAUAUUUAACAAUUUUUUAAACAAAAUUAUUGCAUGAUUUACAAAAAAAUUAUAGAUUUUGUAAAAAAAAAAAUUUAUUCCUCUUAGGUGA